CGCAAAAACGCAGAGCGUCCUUUUCGUUUCCAUGGCAACCGCAGACGGCAACACAGCACCGAGGCAGAAGUGUCCGACUCAAGACCCGAGUCAGUUUUAACACCGCGCUUUUUAAUUUUUUAAAACUUUUCCAACGAGCAGGUUCUGGAGUUGAAGUGAAUCUGAAGUGUGACAGAUACCGUGUGGAUAAUUUGGUGUGGUGCAGCUGAAUGAUCCUGGACGUUUCCUCCUGAGAGAGAGAGAUGGAUAACAGCUCUCAGACACUGCCACUCUCGCCCCCAUGUCACACCUCUUUAGAAGAGUCUCUGCCCUUCUCCUCUUCGCCGCAGCAGCUCUGCUCCAACGGCCACAUUUCACUCCCACUAUCACCUAUUUCCUUCCCCCCGUCCCCUACCUCACUAUCUCCAGCCACAGCAGAGUCCCUCCAAUCCUUCUCCCCGCUCUCACACUGCACAGCAUCUCAGUACCUUGAAGGACAACAUGUAGAUUACCUGAGUCCUGCAAACACAGCUGACCAGGACGACCUGACCUGCCUCAACUGGCUUCAUCAGCGAGGGAACCUGCUGCCACUGCAGCCUCUUCCCAAAAUGACACCACUGCCUCAGAUGGAUUCCUCCGCACACAGCCAGCCUCUUCCCGCCUCGUCCAAGCCGCCGUACUCCUUCAGCAGUCUGAUUUUCAUGGCAAUAGAAGAGUCACCAGAUAAGAGACUUCCGGUGAAGGACAUCUACGACUGGAUUGUGAACAAUUUCCCCUACUUCAGGACGGCCUCUGGAGGCUGGAGGAAUUCCGUUAGACACAACCUGUCCCUCAGCAAGAGCUUCUGUCGCAUUCAGAGGGACAAGAGCCAGACGGUGGGGAAGGGAUCGCUGUGGUGUGUUUGUCCAGAGUAUCGGCCCGCGCUCCUCGAGGUGCUGAAGAAGACUCACAGUUAUCACAGCACCAGCAUUAAUCUGAUAAACAAGCCCACACUGUUGGACGGAGCUGACUAUGGGCUGCCUGCAGUGUGUGACUCUAUGGACAUCUCAGAUGCUCUUUCUGAAACACUCCUCCUCCCCUUGCAUUCUCCCCAAACUCUCACCGCUGAUAAUCCAUCCUUUGCUGAAAACUCAGCGUGCCCUUUGACCCCGGAUCACGAGGAGCUCGUCUCAAUGGAGUCGAUUGACUACCAACAGGAGGAGGUGAUUGAGGACAUGGAGAAGGACCCGCUGUCAGACAGCGGCUACAUCGAGUUGCACUACUACCAGUCUCAACAGUAUCAGUACCUGGUUCUGCCCGGUGACACCGAGCUAGACCUGGAGACUGUGGAGAUCUUUCAGCUGGAUGCAGAGGCUCAGGAGGCCGCUGGCUCCCUGCUGGAUCUCGCAGGUGGUGGAUAUUAGUUAGAUAUCGAACAAAUAAUCCAGUGACAGAUACUGGAUCUAUGAUUGGGUAAGGAUUUCUGGUGAAUUGACUGGUUCUUGUUGAGACACAAAUACAUGUACUGCCCCAAGGAUUGUGUAAUUACUGAUGGACUAACACAACAGUGUUGUCACAUGUACCCAGGCACUUUUUAUUGCAGCAGCUGAAUUAAGCAUCAUAACAAGUCAUAUAUA